AUGGAAGACAUCGAGCUCAGCACAAUAGAGACUUCGACCUCUCGGUCGAAGGGCAAACAAAAGGCCGAGGACGACCCCAUUGACCAAUCUAUGUCGGACAUCAGCAGAAUCGAGUUUGGACGGCUCUCCAUCCGACAAGAAGCCGCGGACGAGGAGAUGCCGCGUGCUCCGAGCCCCGUGCAACCUAUGUGGUCGAGGAGUCCAUCUCUCAAGAUCAACACCCGCAUCACGAGCAGUACAGCCCCCGCAUCAGCCAACAGACAUCCUCUUGCUACAUCCUCCGAUGGUCGCUGUUGGGCAUCGCCCGUCAAAAGAGGUCGUAUGAGCCUCGACUCCGAUCAAUCCAUGACGACAGCUGCGACAGCCCCGUCUUCAUCCGACUCACCUGUCACACCGCCACGCGCCGCCGAACACUUGUGGUUUGUCCUCGACGAGACAACGAUGCGGAGUAACCCUCGCCUUAGAAAUCUUGACCGUCGCACGCGGAAUCGCUACACCGCAAAUAUUUACCUCAAGCACACCGAGACCAUUGGCUUGGGUGAUCCUGAUACUCAUAGUGACAUAGAUCGCAUCGCCAAGGACGACAUGGAGGUAGAGAAAGAUGUGCAAGCAGAUGAGGGAAACAGAAGAAUUGAAGAGAUGGAUGUGGACGGGGAGAACACGGAAGAUGAAGAGAUGGAAGAAGUCAACGCGGAGGAGCGUGACGAGAUCAUGGGAGAAGUCGAGGGACAGAAGGAAGAAGAAGAAGAGAGUAUGGAAGUUGAGGUUGUGCACGAAGACGAGGUGAUCCCUGAAGACCAGGUAAUGGUCUCGGCUCCAAUGAAAUGGGUAGAAAGGGUUGAGCAAUGGGAACGUGAUUGUGACUGA